ACAUCUUCUAAAUAUGAUAACAGUGAUAUAAAUAUGAUGACCUCCUAACAUUAGUUAUUCAGCUGAUCUCUGCGCACAUUAAAGAGAAUCCAACAGCCUCUCAGGGGGUUCAAAGCCUACUACUCUUGGGGCAUGACUUGUCUAGACUUGCAUAAUCUGAGCACAGAUGUGGGGAAAUCACUUUCCACAAAUACAGUUAAUGGAGCGUGGAGUAAUGAUGUAAACAGCCUAUAUGUAGUCCAGUGAGUCUGCAGCCUGGGUAACUUAAAACACGAGCAGCUAAUUGUGUGUGUAACAUUUGCUACAUGCUAAAUUUCUGGACCGUGUUUGUAUAUUACUAAUGCAACAGAACGCAGAACCUUCGCCAUUUACGUACGACGUCUCUGCGCGUGCUCGCCCCAGGCUCGCUUGCGUGUCGGCGUCAUGGCAACGGAAACCCUCUUCAGACGGUGGUUCACCUGGAGGAGGUAUCUCCUUACUGGCUCCGUUAGAAAAAGAUGAGCCACAUGAAGAAGAAGGGUCCCAGUGGUCUGAUCACCGUGCACUCACCUUUUCCUGUUAGCCUGUUAAAAUCAGAGGAGUGCGUUACAGAUGUGAAGCACACCAUGGAGCGCAAGAAGAGCAGAAGGAGCAGCUCACAGCAGCGUGAAAGGACGAGGAGCACCUGCAGGUCUGUAACACCAGAUAAAAGGAAUGAGGUGUCUUAUGUGCCAGAGUGGGCCACCAAACGGGACUGGCUGUCUUACACCUCCCUCAGACAACUGCAGGCAAAGGUGAAGGCUGAGAAGCAGCAAGUAAAGGAAAUACUCCAGCCACUACAGGAGACAGAAAAUGGGUUUAUCAAGGAGUUGGAGUUUUUCCUGAGUCAGCGUGAUGUUACAGAGCUCAGGAGGAGAGAGCUGCUCCACAAACACUGGACUGAACAUGUCUGGUUUCCCAUCCAGCAGAGAGUGAAGGCGCAUGUGUCCAGCUGCCCAGAGGCCAAGAGGCGCCACAGCCUCUACAAUCACUACCUCCAUGUCUGUAACUCCAAGGGGAAUGUCUUUCUAGAGACCUACGAUCCACAGGAGUACGAUCCUUUACUUCUCAACAUCAAAAUGCAACAGGUGAACAACCAGGGGUCAUUGGGCCUUCGUUUAAAUGAAAGACCAACAGAAAAGAGAUUCCACUCAUCUUUGGGAUCAGAGCAAAAACUCCACUGGACAAAAGCUGAACGGCGAACUAAAAGUCAUCGACCUCUGAGUGAGUCUGUGAAGUCUCAGGCCAACAAACGUCUACAUGCCUCAUCUAAAUAUCCAGCCUGUGGGUCCAUUAAAAGGCCAGUGGUGGUCGAGACUGAGAGAAGCAAGUGUAGCAGGCCUAACACUAUACCACUGCACAUCAGUGCAACAGCCACAUCAGAUGGAAGGUGCCACCAGACCAGCUGCUGGUUCUCCAGAUGUGGAUGUCUGCAGGAACCAUCAAGUUAA